UCAAAACCAAUCAUUAACUGAAAAAUUAGGGCGCCAGAAAAGUUAUUUGAAGUCCGGUUUCCUUCUUCGACUCGAGCUUCGACUCUCCGCUGAAGAACACACACAGACGCGCGCUCUCUCUCUCUCUCCCCCGUCGAUCGACUCUUCUGGUGUGAAAUCUUCAAUCUCGAAUCGCGGUUUUCGCCUCUUCGCUUGCCCUCCAUUCACCCGGAGUCGCGCAAUUCGUUGGGAGAUUCCGGCUACGGUCUCGUGAAGACCGAAUCGCUCCUCGUCCCCCUCUUUCCUGCCCUCGGCUUUCGCUGUUUCCGCGUCAAACUCGACGUCAUGGAGCCCAAUGGAGUGGUUGGGGGAUUCGUGUCGGUGGAUUCUCCGUGAAUUUGCCUUCUUUCGGAGCAGCGCGAAAGUCCAGCAGCUUGUGGUUGGUGCGGUUGCAGGCCUUCGAUUGGGUAGAAGAAGCGAACUAGGUGGCCUUUUGUGUUUGGAGUGAAUAUUUGAUUCGAACAGACGGCGAUGGAUUAUGAAUUGUCCGAUAGCAGCGGGACAGAUGAUGAUCUGCCUCCUACUCAUAAUAGGUUUCAGAGGGGGGCCAGAACUGCUGGCAACCCCCGGUCUAGUUUUGUUGGUCCUCCUCUGUUGCCUAGUGUUCAUGGUGACAUGGAAACCCAGAUCCACGACAUUGAGCAAGAAGCCUACUGUUCAGUCCUUCGGGCAUUCAAAGCUCAGUCUGAUGCCAUUACCUGGGAAAAGGAAGGUCUAAUUACUGAACUGAGGAAAGAGCUGAGGGUAUCAGAUGAGGAACAUAGGGAACUUCUAUCAAGGGUCAAUGCUGAUGACAUGAUUCGUAGGAUAAGGGAGUGGAGAAAAGCAAGAGGGCUUCAACCAGGCAUGCUCAGCACAUCUCAGCCUGUUCAUGAUCUCUUACCAAGUCCCAGUGUCUCAGCAUCUCGUAAGAAACAGAAAACAUCACAAUCUGUAGCUUCUUUAUCUAUGGGGGCACCAUCUCCUGCACUGCAUCCAUCAAUGCAACAACCUUCUGGAUCGAUAAAACGAGGACCUCCCCCUGGAGCCAGGAGUAAGAAACAGAAAUCAUCCAUGCAGUACCCUUCUGCAGGUAUUAGCACAAGGCCAGGUGCAAAUCGGGGCACCUCAGGGGCCUUUCCAGUGAACGAACAUGCUGAGGCGACAUCUUAUGAUCCACUUAUAGGGAAGAGAGUCUGGACUAGGUGGCCCGAUGACAACAAUUUCUAUGAGGCUGUUAUAACCGACUACAAUGCAGCUGAGGGUCGCCAUGCUCUCGUUUAUGAUAUAAAUACAGCAGAUGAAACAUGGGAGUGGGUCAACCUCAAAGAGAUAUCUCCUGAAGAUAUCCGAUGGGAAGGAGAGGAUCCUGGCGUAUCUCGUAGGGGAGGCCGUCCUGGUCCAGGGCGUGGAACCAAAAAACCCAUGACCCGUGGUGGUGGCGUUGCGGGAGUCGGAAGAGGUAGAGGAACCACAAAGGGUCAAACCAAGAAAGAUGUUCCUUUAUCGCAAAACGGUGUGGGAAAAAAGGCAUUGGGGGAUAUUGAAUUACUUCAUACAGAUACACUAAUUAAGGAGGUGGAGAAAGUUUUUGGCGCAACCCAUCCUGAUCCCACAGAGAUUGAGAAAGCGAAGAAAGUGCUGAAGGAGCAUGAGCAAGCCCUAGUUGAUGCAAUCUCAAGGCUUGAAGAUGCCUCUGAUGGUGAAAGUGAUGGUGGAGAACACCAUAACCAAGGGCAAAACAGGAACGAGGGUGGAGGAUGAGACAGUAUAGUGGGAUUGGUGGUGAAGGCUCGGGUGGUGAUAAGAUAGCCGGAGAUGGUAGGAUUUCGACUGAUCCCCAGGACGAGGGUCAUGACAAUUGAUUGCUAUAGGCGCUUGCUGUACAAUUUCCUCUUAAUUCAUUUAACCAGCAUGUAUAUUAUCAUUAGCCUGAUAUUUGAUUAUUUCCCUAGCCUUGUGAGUUUUGCAAAUCGUAGUUUAUUUGGCUGACCUAUUCAGUGUACUCGAAUUUAACUGAUAUCUAGACUAGUUUGUGAUCUGUAUGAA